AUGACUGCACCGGAUGCACCAACGGAUUUUCGUCUAGAAUAUAUAGGCGGAUUUAUACAAAAGUCACUUAAAUUGAAACCGGAAAAAUGGGGAAAAUUAUUAUUGACCGAAGAAUACAGGAACGCUGUAUUAGAUUUUCUGAACAAUCCAUUACCGAUGACACUAUUCGUUGUAUUGACACCGAACGUUCAAUUGGUAGCAUCAACUUCUUUUCCGAUACCAUGUCAGAGAAUGAAAGGUCUUUAUAUUGUAAAAACAAUCAAAGCGCCAUUACCAAAAGAGAAAGGUGAUUAUUCGUCGUUGUUAAUAAUCGGUGAUCUAUCUCAUCGCGUGGUCGACCAAUUGGCAACAUUGAUUGAUAACGUUUUCGCACCUCUUCUGAGUAAUCCCAACAAUCAUAAGGAAUUACCGGAUGUUACGAUUCAGGAUAUCUCGAAACACGUGCACUCGCUCAGAGGUACUUUGUAUCAGGUUAAAGGUCAAGUUAAUGGGAGGACAGUUUUACCGAUGCCAGCCGGCUUGGAGAAGGUGACGGAGGUUGAGAGAUUGGUCUCGACGGUAGGACCGCAAGCGGUCGAUUUGUAUCUGAAGAGCGCCAUCGAGGGUGUCGUGAUAAAGUGGGCUUAUUUGGUGAAUGACGUUGUCACUCAAGAAUCGAGCGCCGCUUUUGACAACGGUCAACAACCAACGCCGAACGUUGAACUUGAUUAUUGGUCCGUCAGACUGGCGAAUUUAAGAUAUAUCUACGAUCAGUUGCAGGAAGAUAGAGUAAAGAAAAUGGCAACGAUUUUAGAGAAAACCGAGAGCGCAUAUUUUCCUUGCUUUCGUACGCUCUCGGAAAAUGUAGUGGCAUCUUUGGAAGAAGCAAAAGAUAUAUCCUUGUAUUUGAUGCCAUUGAACAAGUGGUUUAAAGCUCUCGAAGAAACCGAAUUUUCCGAGACUAAACCAUUGAUGGGAAUUUUGAUACAUUCGCUAGGAUUGGCUUGGGCUAAUUCGCAAUAUUAUCAGAGUUCUUCCAAACUGAUAAUCAUGUUAAGACAAAUAUGCAAUCUGUUGAUACAAGUUGCACAAAGAUUUCUCGAUCCUACGUCAAUUUUUCAAAGCGACGUGGACGAAGCACUUCAACGCGUGCAAAUAUCGCGAGACAUUCUGGAAGAAUUCAAACGUCAAUUCGAGACAAGAAGGAACAUGCCUGGUAUGAAACCUGAUUCACCACCGUGGUCUUUCAAUUCCGGCGUAAUUUUUAUGCGUCUCGAUGCGUUCCUCAAACGUUUGGCUGAUAUCGAGUGGCUAUUCAAUACCGUAUUAGAAUUUGCCAAACUUGAGAAGAUAGAAAUCGGUGGUAUUCUCGGUAGAUCCCUCAGCGUAAGGAUCAUCGAUAUUUUCAAGGAAUUUCAACACCUUUUUGUUGCAUUAACGGUACAAACAAAUGACGUACUCGAUCCGGACGAUGAAACAUUUACAUUAGACUGCGCCAAAUUUAAUUCAUCCAUUACCGAUUUGGAUAGUAAAUUGGCCGUAAUAUUAUGUCAGUCAUUUGACGAUUGCAGUAAUCUCGAGAGUGUGUUCAAGUUGAUCAAUAUCGCAGGAUCGGUGUUGGAUAGGCCAAUGAUACGCAAGCAAUUUAACAAUCGUUAUUCAAGGAUUCUGGAGCUUCUUAACAUCGAGUUGACCGUUGUUGAAGCUUUGUUCAAUCGUGGGACAAAAGGUGCUCUGGCUGAUCUUCCACCUCUGACAGCUUCUUUAACUUUUACCAGUAUGCUUAGAAAACGAAUCGAACGACCAAUUCAAAAUUUCAAAGCCAUGCCAAAUCCCAUCGUUAAUACCGAAGAGGGUAUCGCCAUAAUCGAACGUUAUGAAAGACUCGUUAAUAUUAUUACGAAAAAAGAAGAAAAUCUUUUCGUUGAGUGGGUGGAAGCUGUUCCAAGAACAGUUGACGCCGGUUUGAAUUGUAAUUUAAUGAUCAAAGAUCGACGCUCGAUUUUACAAUUAAAUUUCGAUCCCGAUCUAUUAGCCAUUUUGAAAGAAGUCAAGUACUUGAAGCGCAUGUCACGUUCGGAUAUUCCUCAGGAAGCACUAGAGGUGUCGGAGAAAGCAGAGACAUUUAGAAAAUUUCAUAUGUUACUUAACGCGACUAUCGAUUCUUACAAUGACACUCGAAGAUCAACGAAAAACGUCGAACUCGAUUUGAUCAAAUCCGAAUUAGCGGAAAUUGAUUUGAUGAUACACCGAGGCGAGUCCGAACUCUGUUGGCGAUCGGAAGGACUUUUGGAAUACAUUGUCAAAUUGGAAGAACUCGUAAAUGGGCUUUGGAAACGCGUGAGAGCUGCUCAAACGAACGUGAACAAGAUUCAAUUGAUUUUGGAGCCUUUGACGAAGAUGCCACUUUUCGGUAGAAAGGAUUGUCGUAAGGAUGCGUUGCUUUGUUUAGAGGAACGACAAGAAAGAGUAUCGAAACGUUACGCUGAGGUGACAAAAAUAGCCGAACAAAUACACUCAUUGUUGGAGGAAAAUAAACAUUUAUUUCAAAUCGAUGAUGAUGAUGAUGAUAAAAAAGAAGUUUGGAAAGAUUAUGUCAAAUACGUGGACGAUAUAGUGAUCGAGUCACUUCGCAAAGCUGUUGGAUGUACGCUUGGUUAUUUGGCAGACAACAUGGAUUCGAGUGUUCAAAACGAGCCACUUUUAGAAGCCAAAUUAGAAUUGAGAGAACCCGAUCUUUAUUAUGCACCAUCCUUGGAACCUGACGAUCCCGAUGGUCUCGAGCAACUUAUUGCAGGAUUAUUGAACGAUACCAUUGGUAUGGCUACUCUUAUUUCACGAUUGAGGUCUGAUUAUAUUGACUAUGUCGAGGAAUUGGAAAACGAUCCUGAUAUCAAGGGCAUGAAAAAUGAAAUAUUAGAAAGUUUAGCUAACGCGAUAGAUGAGGCUAUCGAUUUUUGUGGCAAUUUCGAAGGAUACGCUUUUCUUUGGCUCGAAGAUAGGGAUGUGGUAAUGCAACAAUUUCUCGAAUACAGUCGACAGUUAACGAUGGAGGAAAUGGAGAUGGUAACGGCACAGGAUCCCAAGGGUCCAGUGCGGUCCGCGCCGAAGAAGGAGCAAUUUCGCGAACAAAUCGAUCUCUACGAGGGUCUUUAUCUCGAGAUCGAGGAGAUGGAUCUUUCGAGAGUGUUUUGCGGUUGGUUCAGAGUAGACAUUCGACCCUUCAGACAGUCGGUCCUGAAUACUGUUUGUAAAUGGUCGAAUAUGUUUAAAGCACACAUGGUUAAUCACGUUACUAGCAGUCUAUCGGAUCUCGGAGCUUUUAUAAGACGGGCGGACGAAGGUUUGUUGCAACAAGUACAACCAGGAGAUUAUCUGGGACUCGUUAGUAUUAUGGGGUAUUUGAUGCAAGUUAAAGAGAGACAACCUACCACGGACGAGAUGUUCAAACCCUUGGAAGAGACCGUAGAAUUACUCAAGUUUUACGAUCAAGAUAUUCCCGAAGAAGUGAACGUAUUACUUAAAGAACUUCCAGAACAAUGGGCCAAUACGAAAAAAUUGGCCCUCAUGGUGAAACAACAGGUUGCUCCCUUACAAGCGGGCGAGGUCUCCAGAAUUCGUAGUAGAAUUUCUGCAUUCGAUACGACGAUCAUGCUUUAUCGCGAAGCAUUUAGGCGUAAUGAUUUCUUCAAAUUUGACUGUCAACAACCUUACGAAUUGUUGGACGAAGCCCAUCAAGAAAUUCACAUGUUGGAAUGUCAAAUGAGAGACAUACAGGAAUCGGCCUCGUUGUUCGAAGUGAUUGUACCAGAAUUCAAGCAAUUGAAGCAAUGUAGAAAGGAAUUAAAGAUGCUUAAACAAUUGUGGGAUUACGUGAACAUCGUAGUGAGCAGUAUAGACGGAUGGAAGACUACACCUUGGAGAAAAAUCGAUGUUGAGAAUAUGGAUAUCGAGUGUAAAAAGUUUGCCAAAGAAAUACGAACUUUAGACAAAGAAAUGCGUCAAUGGGAUAUUUACAUAUCGCUCGAAGCUACUGUGAAAAAUAUGUUAACAUCGUUGCGUGCAGUCGGUGAACUUCAAAAUCCAGCGAUUCGAGAAAGACAUUGGCGUCAAUUGAUGAACAGUACGAAGGUGCGUUUUGUAAUGGACGAAUUGACAAAGUUGGCCGAUUUGCUCGAAUUGAAUCUUCACGAGUGCGAGGAAGAAGUGAAGAACAUCGUGGAUAAAGCGGUUAAAGAAAUGUCGAUGGAGAGAUAUAUGAAAGAAUUGAACGUAACUUGGUCGAAAAUGGAAUUCGAAAAAGAGAUUCACGUUAGAACGGGUGCGACUUUGAUCAGAGCGAGUGAAGAAUUAAUCGAAACUUUGGAAGAAAAUCAGGUUCAAUUGCAAAAUUUAAUCACGUCCAAGUUCAUAGCACACUUCUUGGAAGAAGUUUCUGCUUGGCAAAAAAAGUUAAGCGUUGCUGAUCAAGUUACCACGGUUUGGUUCGAAGUACAACGAACGUGGAUGCAUUUGGAAAGUAUCUUCAUGUCAUCCGAAGAUAUUCGUCGUCAAUUACCCGUUGACGCUGAUAGAUUUAAUAAAAUAGAUAAGGAAUUUAAAGAGAUGACAACGGAAAUGGCAAAGACACCGAAUGUUAUUGAGGCAACGAAUAAAGAAGGUUUGGUAGCUGCAUUGGAUAUACUUCAAAAGGAGCUUGUCCUGUGCGAGAAAGCAUUGGCCGAAUAUUUGGAAACGAAACGUUUGGCCUUUCCUCGAUUUUACUUCGUAUCUUCGAGCGAUUUAUUAGACAUUCUGUCUAACGGAAAUCAGCCGGAAAUAGUAGCGAAACAUUUGACGAAAUUGUUCGAUUCAAUGGCUCGAUUAAAAUUUGACGAUUCGAACGAGGAAACGAUUAAGCGCGUAUCAGGAAUGUUCGCUAAGGAUGGAGAGUACGUGGAAUUUUGUAAUUGCGAAAUGAUUUGCGAUGGACCGGUCGAGGCUUGGUUGAAUCGACUUCAACGUUCCAUGAGAGUUUCCAUUCGGCAUUAUUUCAGCGAAGCCGUUAUCGCUUACGAGGAAAAACCACGAGAGCAAUGGCUUUUCGAUUACCCAGCUCAAGUUUCUCUAUGUGGUACGCAGAUCUGGUGGACAACCGAAGUUAAUUUAGCGUUCGCUCGAUUGGAGGAAGGCUACGAUAGCGCAAUAAAAGAUUACUUGAAGAAACAAAUAUCUCAAUUAAGUACUCUGAUAACGUUAUUAAUCGGCGAACUUACUAAACAAGAGAGACAAAAAGUGAUGACGAUCUGUACGAUAGAUGUACACUCGAGGGAUGUCGUAACGAAGUUAGUUCAGUCAAAGAUAGAAACAGCUCAAGCCUUUCAAUGGCAAAGUCAAUUACGACAUCGUUGGGAUGAGAAGGAAAAGGAUUGCUUUGCCAAUAUUUGCGACGCUCAAUUUAAGUAUUCUCACGAGUAUUUGGGAAAUACUCCUAGGUUAGUCAUCACACCACUGACAGACAGAUGUUACAUAACUUUAACGCAAUCGUUACAUUUGAUCAUGGGUGGUGGACCAGCUGGUCCAGCUGGAACAGGUAAAACAGAGACAACUAAGGAUCUCGGUAGAGCUCUUGGAAUUAUGGUCUACGUCUUCAAUUGUUCCGAACAAAUGGAUUACAAAUCCUGCGGAAACAUAUACAAGGGAUUGGCGCAAACGGGUGCCUGGGGAUGUUUCGACGAAUUCAAUCGAAUCACAGUCGAGGUAUUGUCAGUCGUUGCCGUCCAAGUUAAAUCGAUUCAAGACGCCAUCAGGGAUAAAAAGGAAAAAUUCAAUUUCAUGGGUGAGAUUAUUGGAUUGGAACCUACCGUGGGAAUAUUCAUAACCAUGAAUCCUGGUUACGCUGGUCGUACGGAAUUACCGGAAAAUUUGAAGGCCCUUUUUCGACCUUGCGCAAUGGUCGUGCCUGAUUUCGAAUUGAUUUGCGAGAUUAUGUUGGUAGCUGAGGGAUUUCAGGAAGCGAGAGUACUCGCAAGAAAAUUUAUCACCCUUUACACGUUGUGCAAAGAAUUAUUAUCGAAACAAGAUCAUUACGAUUGGGGACUCAGGGCGAUUAAAUCCGUUCUCGUAGUGGCAGGAAGUUUGAAAAGAGGUGAUCCUGGUAGACCCGAAGAAGAAGUUCUUAUGAGAGCCCUGAGAGAUUUUAAUAUUCCUAAAGUAGUCUCGGAUGAUUUACCCGUCUUCAUGGGAUUGAUAGCGGAUCUUUUUCCGGCCUUGGAUGUACCCAGAAAACGGGACGUAGAGUUUGAGAAAAUGGUUAAACAAGCAGCUACCGAUCUUUCAUUGCAACCGGAAGAUGGUUUCAUUCUUAAAGUUGUACAAUUGGAGGAAUUACUCGAAGUAAGACAUUCCGUAUUCAUAGUAGGUUCUGCUGGAUCUGGAAAGACUCAAGUAUGGAAGACAUUGUUUAGAACGUAUCAGAACAUCAAGAGGAAGCCUAUUUAUAACGACUUGAAUCCAAAAGCUGUAACCAAUGACGAAUUAUUUGGUAUCAUCAAUCCGGCUACACGCGAAUGGAAAGACGGUCUGUUUUCAGUGAUCAUGCGAGAACAAGCUAAUUUAGGAGGGGAUAAUCCUAAGUGGAUUUUGUUGGACGGUGACAUUGAUCCAAUGUGGAUCGAAUCUUUAAACACUGUCAUGGACGAUAACAAAGUACUUACUUUGGCAAGCAACGAGAGGAUAGCUUUGACCCCAGCUAUGAGACUGUUAUUUGAAAUUUCAAAUCUUAGAACAGCUACACCUGCUACUGUAUCGCGAGCUGGAAUUUUGUAUAUUAAUCCACAAGAUUUAGGAUGGAAUCCAUAUGUCACUAGUUGGGUCGAGAAAAGGAGCAAUCCCGUUGAAAAAUCCUGUUUGGUAAUGCUAUUUGACAAAUACAUUCCUACGUGUUUGGAAACUUUAAGGAGCAGAUUUAAAAAGAUCACACCUAUCGCCGAUAUGGCACACGUAGAAAUGUUAUGCUAUUUGUUGAAUUGUCUUCUGAAACCAGAAUUAACGGCAAAUGAUUUUCAUAAAGAUCAUUACGAACUUUAUUUCGUGUUCGCGGCCGUUUGGGCAUUUGGUUCAGCCAUGUUUCAAGAUCAGACUGUAGAUUAUCGUAUAGAGUUUACCAAAUGGUGGGCGAACGAGUUCGAUCAGAUUAAAUUUCCAUCGGAAGGCACUGUCUUCGAUUACUACAUUGAUACGGAGACAAAAGAUUUUGUUCCGUGGACUGAACGUUUACCAAAGUUCGAGCUUGACCCAGAGAUACCUUUACAAGCCGUUUUGGUCUACACUUCUGAAUGUAUUAGAAUAAAAUAUUUUUUGGAUUUAUUGAUGCCCGAGAAACAUCCCGUGAUGUUAGUUGGUUCAGCGGGUUGUGGAAAAACCAUUUUGGUUAACGAAAAGCUAUUACAAUUAUCGGAAAAUUAUGCUAUCGCGAACGUGCCGUUUAAUUUUUACACGACCUCGGAAAUGUUGCAAAAAAUUUUGGAAAAAUCGUUGGAAAAGAAAGCUGGUAGAAAUUAUGGGCCACCGGGAAAUAAAAGUUUGGUAUAUUUCAUUGAUGACAUGAAUAUGCCGGAAGUUGAUAGUUACGGUACCGUUCAACCUCACACUUUAAUUCGUCAGCAUUUGGAUUAUGGUCAUUGGUAUGACAGAACGAAACUAACACUGAAAGAUAUACAUAAUUGUCAGUACGUGAGUUGCAUGAAUCCCACGGCAGGAUCUUUCACGAUCAAUCCGAGAUUGCAAAGGCACUUUGUUGUGUUUGCUGUUAGUUUUCCUAACACCGAAUCUCUGACAACGAUCUAUUCCUCGAUAUUGUCACAACAUCUUGCUAACGUUGAACACAGAUUUCCACUGUGCGUCACCGAACUCUGUCCCAAUAUCGUUCAAGCCUCAAUUCAACUGCAUCAUCGUUGUGCACAGAUGUUCCUACCGACAGCCGUCAAGUUUCAUUAUAUUUUCAAUCUCCGAGAUCUUUCCAACUGCUUCCAAGGCUUGUUGUUCAGCGGCAACGAGUGCUUGCAAUCGCCGAUCGAUUUAAUAAGACUUUGGAUGCACGAGACUCACCGAGUUUACGGAGACAAAUUGAUCGAAGAAAAGGACAUUGAAACUUUUUCCAAAUUGCAAUUGGAUAUCUUGAAAAAGAACGUUGAGGAAGUCGACGAGGGUUCGAUUCUGGAGAAACCAAAUAUUUAUUGUCAUUUCGCAGGAGGAGUUGGUGAACCUAAAUACAUGCCAAUAAAAGAUUGGAGUACAUUACAUCGAUUAUUAUCCGAAGCUAUGAUCAGUUAUAACGAUCUUGUAGCUGCUAUGAAUUUAGUGCUAUUUGAGGACGCCAUGAUGAAUGUCUGCCGCAUAAAUAGGAUAUUGGAAUCGCCAAGAGGAAGCGCAUUGCUGGUUGGCGUCGGUGGUUCUGGCAAGCAGAGCCUUUCCCGUUUGGCUGCCUUCAUAAGUUCCCUGGAAGUUUUCCAGAUUCAAUUGAAGAAGGGUUACGGCAUCGUUGAUCUUAAGUUGGAACUAGCGUCGCUAUAUCUAAAAUCAGGAUUAAAGAAUCUUGGUAUUGUCUUUCUCAUGACCGAUGCUCAAGUACCAAACGAACAAUUUCUUGUGUUAAUUAACGACAUGCUAGCAUCCGGCGAGGUUCCCGAUCUUUUCGCCGAAGACGAGAUAGAAAAUAUUAUAGCAGGAGUUAGGAAUGAAGUCAAGGGGGCCGGUAUGCUGGACACUCGUGAAAAUUGUUGGAAAUUUUUUAUCGAUCGCGUGAGACGUCAAUUGAGAAUAGUUUUAUGUUUCUCACCGGUUGGAUCCACGCUUAGAGUCAGAUCACGAAAGUUUCCGGCUAUAGUUAAUAGUACGGCUAUUAAUUGGUUUCAUGAAUGGCCUCAGGAAGCUUUAAUGUCAGUGUCAAAGAGAUUUUUGCAAGAACUUAAUGAACUUCCAGAAAGUUACAGGGAAUCGGUUGCCAAAUUUAUGGCUCAUGCUCAUACGAGCGUUAACACAGCAAGUCGACAGUAUUUAACUAGCGAGCGUCGAUACAAUUACACGACACCUAAAUCCUUUUUAGAACAGAUCAGUCUCUACACGAGAUUGUUGAAAACCAAAUCUAGUGAGCUUCGUGCGCGUGUAACAAGAUUAGAAAAUGGUCUGGAUAAGCUCAGAUCUACCGCAGUUCAAGUGGAUGGUUUGAAAGAAAAGUUGGCAGAACAAGAAGUCGAAUUGCAACAGAAGAACGAAGCUGCCGAUGCUCUGAUUACCAUCGUGGGCGUUGAAACGGAAAAGGUUCAAAAAGAGAAGGCGUUAGCCGACGAGGAAGAAUUCAAAGUAGCUGUAAUAGCUGAGGAAGUAGCGAAGAAGCAAAAGGAUUGCGAGGCGGAUUUAAUGAAAGCCGAACCAGCUUUAUUGGCAGCCCAGGAAGCUUUGAAUACAUUAAAUAAAGCGAAUCUAACCGAAUUGAAGUCAUUUGGUUCGCCACCUGGUGCCGUGACAAACGUGACGGCAGCUGUUAUGGUUUUACUUGCACCUAAUGGAAAAGUUCCCAAAGAUAGAAGCUGGAAAGCGGCUAAGAUCGUUAUGGCAAAAGUUGACACAUUUUUGGAUGCUUUAAUCAAUUACGACAAAGAAAAUAUCCAUCCAGAAGUUAUUAAAGCGAUACAACCUUAUCUGAAAGAUUCGGAAUUCGAACCGGAAUUCGUGAGAUCGAAAUCCGCUGCUGCCGCAGGUUUGUGCGCUUGGGUGAUCAAUAUCAUCAAAUUUUAUGAAGUUUUUUGCGAUGUUGAACCAAAGAGACAAGCACUCGCUCAGGCGAACGCCGAAUUGGCUGCAGCGCAAGAAAAAUCAGCUAUCAUUAAACUAAAAGUUGCUUCUUUGGAAGAACAGUUGGCCAAGUUAACCGCAGACUUUGAACAAGCGACGGCUGAAAAACUAAAGUGUCAACAGGAAGCAGAUGCGACUAACGCAACGAUCGCACUUGCUAAUAGACUGGUCGGUGGGCUGGCAUCCGAGAAUGUUCGUUGGGCUGAGUCUGUAGCAAGUUUCAUGCAACAAGCAUCCACUUUACCGGGUGAUGUUCUUCUGGUAACAGCAUUUAUAUCAUACGUUGGUUGUUUUACAAAACAAUUCCGUCAAGAUUUGUUGAAUAAGCAGUGGUUACCAUUUUUACGAAACGUUGAACCUUCCGUACCAAUUACUGAAGGACUGGAUCCUCUAUCAUUAUUGACAGAUGACACGCAAAUCGCCAAGUGGAAUAAUGAGGGUUUACCAAACGACAGAAUGUCAACAGAAAAUGCUACCAUUCUAAUUAGUUCGGAUCGUUGGCCACUAAUGAUAGAUCCACAGCUUCAAGGUAUUAAAUGGAUCAAAGAAAAAUAUGGCAACGAGUUACGAGUCAUUAGAUUAGGUCAACGUGGUUAUCUCGAAGUUAUCGAGCAUUCCUUGGCAGCUGGAUCAACGGUACUUCUCGAAAACAUCGGUGAAAGCGUUGAUCCCGUUUUGGAUACAUUGCUGGGACGCAAUUUGAUUAAAAAAGGCAAGGCCAUAAAGAUAGGCGACAAAGAAGUAGAAUAUAAUUCUAAUUUCCGGCUUAUACUUCAUACGAAAUUGGCGAAUCCUCAUUAUAAACCUGAGAUGCAAGCUCAAACGACAUUGAUCAACUUCACCGUGACGAGGGAUGGGCUUGAAGAUCAAUUGCUGGCAGAGGUCGUGAAAGCUGAAAGACCCGAUCUGGAGGAACUUAAAGCGGAACUAACGAGACAGCAAAAUGAUUUUAAAAUUACAUUGAACAGUUUGGAAGAUUCUCUUCUUUCGAGAUUGUCGUCAGCUGGUAGCAAUGUUCUUGAGGACACGUCAUUGGUCGAAAAUUUAGAAACGACGAAAAGAACAGCUGCAGAAAUCGAAUCUAGGGUAACCGAAGCGCGUGGAACUAGUCGAGAAAUCGAUGCUGCACGUGAACUUUAUCGACCAGCCGCAGCCCGUGCUUCCUUGCUGUAUUUCAUUUUAAAUGAUUUGAACACUAUAAAUCCAAUUUACCAAUUCUCGUUAAAGGCCUUCAGCGUAGUAUUUCAAAAUGCUAUUUCAAAAGCCGAGCCUGCGGCAAACGUUAAUAACAGAGUACAGAAUCUCAUAGAAUGUAUAACCUAUUCGGUUUUUAUGUACACCACGAGGGGUCUCUUCGAAUGCGACAAAUUGAUCUUUACUUGUCAAAUGGCAUUUCAAAUUCUCUUGGCAUGCGACGAAGUUACACCCGGUGAACUCGAUUUUCUUUUGAGAUUUCCCAUAACUCCUCACGUCACAUCUCCCGUUGAUUUUCUCACGAAUACCAGUUGGGGUGGAAUUAGGAGUCUCGCCACGAGAGAAGAGUUUCGUAACUUGGACAGGGACAUAGAAGGUUCGACGAAGCGUUGGAAGAAAUUCGUCGAGUGUGAGUGCCCGGAACGUGAAAAAUUUCCGCAAGAGUGGAAAAAUAAAACAGCGAUACAAAGGUUGUGCAUGCUGAGAGCUUUACGGCCUGAUCGAAUGACUUACGCUAUUACCGCUUUUAUCGAGGAGAAACUCGGUCCAAGAUACACCGAAGGGAGAACCGUGGAAUUUGCGAAAUCUUUCGAAGAAGCUAGUCCUAGUACUCCGAUAUUUUUUAUCCUAUCACCCGGCGUCAAUCCUCUCAAGGAUGUCGAAGACCUUGGCCGACGAUUACGGUUCACGUGCGACAAUCAAAAUUUCCACAACGUUUCGCUCGGUCAAGGUCAAGAGACCGUAGCCGAACAGGCCAUGGAUGUAGCUGCUAAGAAUGGUCAUUGGGUGAUAUUACAGAAUAUACAUCUCGUGAAAAAAUGGUUACCCUUAUUAGAGAAAAAAUUAGAAACUGCCGCUGAUGGGUCCCACGAUGAUUACAGAGUUUUUAUGAGCGCCGAACCGGCAGGCUCGCCUUCCGGUCAUAUAAUUCCUCAGGGUAUCCUAGAAUCGUCUAUCAAAAUCACGAACGAGCCGCCAACUGGCAUGCAGGCGAACCUACACAAAGCCUUAGAUAAUUUUACUCAAGAGACCUUAGAAAUGUGUUCUAAGGAAGCUGAAUUCAAAGCUAUUUUGUUCUCUCUUUGUUACUUCCAUGCUGUUGUAGCCGAACGACGAAAGUUUGGUCCUCAAGGAUGGAACAAGAUUUACCCUUUUAACGUCGGCGACUUGAACAUUAGCGUUAGUGUGCUCUACAAUUACUUGGAAGCUAGUCCGAAGGUUCCUUGGGAAGAUUUAAGGUAUCUCUUCGGUGAAAUCAUGUAUGGUGGACAUAUAACUGACGACUGGGAUAGAAGACUCUGCGUUUCUUACCUUGAAGAAUUCUUGCAACCAGAUUUGGUCAAUGGAGAAUUACAAUUAGCACCAGGUUUUCCAGCACCACCCAACACAGAUCUAGCUGGUUAUCACACUUACAUAGACGAAGUUAUACCUCCGGAAUCUCCAUACUUGUACGGUUUACAUCCAAACGCUGAGAUAGGUUUUCUAACAAUGACUGCCGAAAAUUUAUUUAAAACCGUUUUCGAAAUGCAACCGAGAGAUGCAGGUAGUUCAGGAGGACAGACAGUAACCAGAGAAGAUAAGGUCAAACAAAUGUUGGACGAAAUAAUAGAGAAAUUACCAGAUGAGUUCAAGAUGUCUGAGAUAAUGGGUAAGGUCGAGGAACGUACACCUUAUGUAAUCGUAGCCUUUCAAGAAUGCGAGAGGAUGAAUUAUUUGACGAGCGAGAUCAAACGGUCCCUACGUGAGCUGGAUUUAGGAUUGAAGGGUGAACUGACGAUCACAUCGGACAUGGAGGAUCUGGAGAACGCUUUGUUUCUCGAUCAAGUUCCUCCCGUUUGGGCGAUGAGAGCGUAUCCCUCUUUGUUGGGUCUUACGAGCUGGUUCGUCGACUUAUUAUUGAGACUUAGAGAAUUGGAAAGCUGGUCUACCGACUUUGUUUUACCAGCCUCGGUCUGGCUCGCUGGUUUCUUCAAUCCACAAUCGUUAUUGACAGCGAUCAUGCAGUCUACGGCUAGGAGGCAAGAAUUACCGUUAGACAAAAUGUGCCUUCACUGCGACGUGACGAAAAAGAACAAAGAGGAAUUUACGUCGGCGCCGAGAGACGGCGCCUACGUUCAUGGAAUUUUUAUGGAAGGUGCUAGGUGGGACGUCCAGACUGGUAUCAUAAUCGAUUCCAAACCGAAGGAAUUGUUUCCUCUAAUGCCGGUUAUAAAUGUACGAGCGAUUACGCAGGACAAACAAGAUUUGAGAAACAUGUACGAGUGUCCGGUUUACAAAACACGUACACGCGGCCCCACUUACGUUUGGACUUUCAAUUUGAAAACCAAGGACAAACCUGCUAAAUGGACUCUAGCGGGGGUUGCACUUUUACUUCAAACUUAA